UCCUCUGAAAUUCUUGACAAUUAGAAUUGGGUUUUUUGGAUUUUAUUUGGGUUUAGAUUUAUCCUUUAACUUCGUUUUUUUUUGUUUGAUGAUGUAGAUUUAUCACCAUUGAGCCCGUUGUUGGCUUGGCCAGAUCGCGAUCUUUGAUAGCUGGAUUGUGUAGAAGUUUAAUUUUUUCCUAUUGCUUAGAUUGGUGGGAGAAGAGGUUGAAUAUCCUUGAAUAAAUAAUGGGGGUUAUGUCUAGGCGGGUUUUGCCCGUCUGUGGUACCCUCUGCUGCUUCUGUCCUGCUAUGCGAGCCAGUUCAAGACAGCCUGUGAAGCGGUACAAAAAGCUUCUUUCUGAAAUCUUCCCUCGGUCUCAGAAUGCUGAGCCAAAUGAUCGUAAAAUUGGGAAGCUCUGUGAGUAUGCUGCCAAAAAUCCAUUACGAAUACCAAAGAUCACAACUUACCUCGAACAGAGAUUUUACAAGGAUUUGCGGAAUGGGAACUUUGGCUCUGUAAAGGUUGUGCUGUGCAUAUAUAGGAAAUUGUUAUCUUCGUGUAAGGAGCAAAUGCCGCUCUUUGCUAGUAGCUUAUUAGGGAUCGUCCGCACUCUUUUUGAUCAGACAGGACAAGAUGAGAUGCGAAUUCUGGGUUGCACUACUCUUGUUGAUUUUAUAAAUAGCCAGACAGAUUGUACGUACAUGUUCAACUUAGAAGGCCUCAUUCCUAAACUUUGUCAACUGGCUCAAGAAUUUGGAGAUGAUGAAAAAGCUUUGCGUUUAAGGUCAGCGGGAUUAGAAGCAUUGGCUUUCAUGGUGUGUUUGAUGGGUGAGCACUCCCAUAUCUCGAUGGACUUCGACAAUAUUAUAUUGGUGACUUUGGAGAACUAUAUGGAUCACCCAGUAAACUCAGGAAAGUACGAGCAAGAAGUUCUCAAAGAAGAGGAUCUUGGCUCAUCAUUCAAAGAGAAUGGCAAGAACAAUAUCAAUUCGAAACCUGAAUUGGAUCCGGCAGUGGAUGCAUCUAAAAGUCCCUCUUAUUGGUCUAGGAUUUGCUUGUAUAAUAUGGCCAGAUUGGCAAAGGAAGCUACAACAGUGCGGCGUGUACUUGAACCUUUUUUUCAUAGUUUUGAUGCUGAAAACUAUUGGUGUUCUGAGAAAGGACUGGCCCGGUCUGUUUUGACAUAUAUGCAGCUGCUGUUGGAGGAAUCAGGGUUGAAUUCCCAUCUUUUGUUAUCUAUUUUGGUCAAGCACUUGGAUCACAAGAACAUUGUCAAACAGCCCGUUAAGCAGAUUGAUAUUGUUAAUGUCGCCACACAACUUGCACAAAAUGCAAAGCAGGAGGCCUCAGUUGCGAUCAUUGGUGCGAUAAGUGACCUGAUGAAACAUUUACGCAGAUGCAUGCAAUAUUCAGCUGAAGCAUCAAGCCCUAGCGAUAGUUUGGACAAGUGUAACACAGAGCUUCCGUCAGCCUUGGAAAAAUGCAUCUUGCAACUCUCAAAUAAGGUUGGCGAUGCGGGGCCCAUUCUUGAUAUGAUGGCCGUGGCACUAGAGAACAUCUCAAGUAAUGCCAUCGUUGCUAGAACUACAAUACUCUCCGUUUAUCGGACAGCACAAAUUAUUUGUCCCUUACCAAAUAAAUCGUAUCACAAGAAGGCAUUUCCUGAUGCCCUACUUCACCAGCUACUUUUAGCAAUGGCCCACCCAGAUCACGAAACAAGAGUUGCGGCCCACCAUGUUAUCUCCAUUGUGCUUUUGCCAUCUCUUAUUUGUCCUUGGUUAGUCCGCAAUGGAGGACCUUCACAAGUCCAGCAGGAUUAUUUGCCGAUUACUUCACAGAGGAUAAAGAGUGGAAGUUUCACAAUUCAAAUCGAAAGCAAUGGAAAACAUGAAUCCACAGAGGAUGUAUUGGUGGAGGAAGUCAAUCAUGUUUUGCCUAAUGGUGUGACACAGUCCAUAAGAAGUCCAUCGCGUAGUCAAUCUUCUAGUUUCAAGCAUGCUAUGGUCCACGGAAAAGCAGAACUGACUUCCCUCCGGUUGAGUAGUCACCAAGUGAGUCUUUUGCUUUCAGCUAUCUGGGUGCAGGCAACAUCUGCAGGAAACACUCCUGCAAAUUUUGAGGCGAUGGCACAUACUUAUAAUAUCGCUUUAUUAUUUACCCGAUAUAAGAACUCUAGUCAUGUUGCUUUAGUUCGAUGUUUCCAGUUGGCAUUCUCUCUUAGGAGCAUCUCCCUGGAUCAAGAAGGGGGUUUGCAACCAUCUCGCAGAAGGUCUCUCUUCACUAUGGCAUCUUGCAUGCUUAUAUUUUCAGCCAGGGCAGGCACUCUUCCAGAGCUAGUUCCUUUAAUCAAAUCAUCUUUGACGAAUGAAACAGUUGAUCCUUAUCUUAUGUUGGUUGAAGAUAUAAGGCUGCAAGCUGUUUUGAGUGGCGAGGAGAAAAGUUAUGGAUCCGACGAAGAUGAACUUGCUGCAUUGAAGUCCCUUUCAGCAAUAGAAUUGGGUGACAAAGAGUUGAGAGAAACUGUUAUAUCGCACCUCAUGACAAAGUUUGGGAAACUAUCCGAGGAAGAAUUAUCAAGCAUAAGGAAGCAACUUCUAGAGGGAUUUUCACCUGAUGAUGCAUAUCCAUUGGGAGGUCCAUUGUUCAUGGAGACACCCCGACCGUGUUCUCCACAGGCCCAGAUGGAGUCUCAAGCGUUUGAUGAGGUCAUGAAUUUGGAUGCCUUGUCAGAUGAAGAAGCCUUCCCUGAACCAAAUGGAAGUCAAUCAGGUCGCAAAACAUCUCUCUCCGUCAAUUCACUUGACAUUCUAAGUGUUAACCAGCUUCUGGACUCUGUUUUGGAAACAGCCCGGCAAGUUGCGAGCCUACCUGUUUCCUCUACACCCAUUCCAUAUGACCAAGUGACAAAUCAGUGCGAGGCUCUUGUAACUGGUAAACAACAGAAGAUGUCAGUUCUCCAUAGUUUCAAGUUGCGACAGGAAGGCAAAGCCAUAGUUCUCUCCCAUGAAGACGAGAAGACUCUUCCCAAUCUGACAAUUGAGGUUUCAAAUGGGGAACCGAUACCGAAGAACAUGGAGCUCCUUGUUUGUUCACUGGACUAUGCACAGGAGCAGUCUUUCAGGUUACCACCUUCGAGCCCCUACGACAAAUUCCUGAAAGCUGCUGGAUGCUGAGGAGAUGUAAUGGGUUUCUUUUACUUGUAAAUUAAUUAGAUUCGAUUGUUUUCUCCCACCUUUUCGUCCCCAUGCGGUUUGCCUUCUGUUUUCUUCUCAUUCUUUAUAUCACCCUUAGCAUUGUAGAGCAUUGUUUGUCGACGAGUUUUCCAUUUGUUUAGAUUCUUCUCCUUCCAUCCCAAAGGUGUAGCAAAAUAUGAGAGAGAGAGAGAGAGAGAGAGAGAGAGAGAGAGAGAGAGAUCAACAAGUUUGUCAAACACUGUUCAUAUCUUACUCUGAUUAUUCAUAUUAUUUACCAACGUUACACACAAGACUUUUUAGUUUCA